UCAGAUCUUUCUUCCAUCUUCUUGAACACGGACGAGUCAAACGAUGAACAAAGAGCUCUGUCUCCGCCAGCUCUUAACAAUCGGAAUCGACCGAUUGUGAUGUGAUUAGAAAAGUGCAAGUUUAAUUAAUGCCAUGAAAAUAUGAUAUUCUAUUCUUAUUUUUCUGGCUAGAGUAAGUGUGUCAUGCAGACGGUUUAUAUGAAUGAAUAGUGGACGAAGAAGAUUCGAAUAAAGUUUGCAAAAGUGGUUAGCAAAUCUCUAAAAGACCGGAAGAGUGGCAAAAUGUCCAGCCGUGUACGCAAGCAGAAUGAGCCGAUGAAGGCUUUCGUUCCGGUGAGUUCGCUGUUGGUUCGUGGCACCGGAUCACUUCACUGUUCCGCAUCCGGUGGCGGAGGAAUACCCUCGAAAUCGCUUUCCGCUACUUUGUCGCCUCCCAUCAGGCACAUUUCGCCGGAACAUGCCGUCUCCGGAAAUCGAAGUCCAGGAGCUCUUACGUAUAAAGGCAAAUUGCUGACACUGAAUGAGGGCUCGAUGCGUCGAACGGCAUCCCUCGAUGCGCUGUAUUUGCGUCCUGCCCCAGCGUGGAAUUUGGCGUCCUCUACCCUGCUCCAGCUAGAUAAGGCAACGCAAACCGACGAGUCUUUUCUCGAACGCACACGGGGAAGCUCCUGGAUGCCCAGCACCGGCACUGGAACCGGUCCAUCAGUGGAUGCUUCGCCGGUUAUCACCCGUACCGAAGUUACGACACCGACUGAUUUGAAAAUGGAAAAAGUGAUAAGACAAAGACUGCAACGCACACAUCGCGGUGAACAUUCGGUUAGUUCCCAGACACUAAGUCCAAAUCAUGCCAAGGCAAGCCCAGUUUCGAUACCUCCACGUACCUGUCCACCUGUUCACAUGCGACCAAUGCGAAGCUCAGUAGAAGGCUUGAAUCAAGAAAUAGAAAAGCUGGUUCUGUACACCGGUCAACCGCACACAUGUCGAUCGGAUCUCGAAAUGUAUUCCCGUGGCACUCCGGAAGGACAUCGCGCUCCUUUGGCUGAGCUGUUUCAUGCCGCAGGCGGUGGAUCGGCAGCACUUACUAGUGAUACUCGCUCGGUGAAUACUCAAACUCCUUUGGGUGACACUUUGUCAUCGGAUGAUGGUAGCCAGAGUACUUCACCAGACGAGGGUGCAGCCGUAACGAGUGCAUCGCCGAGAAUCAACCGAUUCCUGGCUCGAGAACCACCGGAUGGUUGUGAAAAGGUGAAUCUUAAAUUGACAGAGGCCGAUACCAGUACAAAUACAACACAUUUCAAGCCAUGCGUCGCGUUCCAGUUGAGACCGUCACUCGGAUCUGCAUUUCAACCGUUACAACCAAUAGUGACGCUUAAAACCACACCGGAAGACGAUGGUUAUGUCGAAGAAGGAGAGGCAACAGCCGGUCAGGUAACGAGCGUUGCAAAAUGAACUGUUUUAUCCCUAGCAACUGUGACUGUGUGUGCAUUGCUGAAGGAACGUUGCACGCAUUUUGAACCGGAAACAAUGGUAGGUACAACUGAAAUGUCGAUUCAAUAUCAUUUUUUAAGAAUAACUUAAAUCGUUAAUCUGUCGAGUGCAAACAGUUAAAACCAAAAGACGCAAAGUCGAUCAGUAUCGAGAUAAUUAACGUAGGCGCUUUGUACGUUACGGAAAGUAUGUAACUAUGCUUUUAAUAGUUUACAUUAUAUUGUGAUUAUUACUAGUUUUGCAUUGUAAUAAUCAAUCACCAUUCGUUUAUAUUUUGUUUGAUUGCAAGAGCUUCAAAUUUACUAUAGUACUACCAGUCGAUAAUCGUAGAAUGCGAAAGUGUGUGUGAAUAUUGCUUUACCUUCCCAGCAGUUUUUGACCGGUAGUCCUGGUGGACAAUUUUAUAUCGAAGACUAAGUAACAAUAAACGUGAAGACAUCAAUCAGGAACUGAAA